AUGUACUCCUCCGUCGUCCGUCUCCAGAACACCUUCGGCUACUUCACCACCGUAGUAUUUGCCGUUGCCGCCGUCAUCGCCUUUUCCGACCUUUUCUCGCCGCGUACCCCAAGCGUAGGCGUCCUCAAGGCAACCAAUGUCCAAGUCGUCCGCGGCCGGCCACACUACUACUCCUCCAAAAAAGAAGAAUACGCCAUCAUCAAAUUCUCUCUCGACGCCGAUCUCUCCUCGCUCUUCACCUGGAACACCAAGCAGCUCUUCGUCUAUGUGACCGCUGAGUGGCCUUCCGCCGGUGGCUCGUCGGGGUCCGGCCAGAACGCCACCAACCAGGCCGUCAUCUGGGACAGCAUCAUCACGGCCCCGAGCUCCGACCACCUCGCGAACCUAGGGCCCGUGGCCAUGAAGAAGCUGCGCCGUAGCGCCGAGGGCAAGAGUAUCGAUCCCAGCCGCGGCAAACUCACCCUCAAGAACCAACGCCCCAAGUACCAGAUCACCCACCCGAGCGGCAAGCUAGCCGAGCAGGACGAUGUCGUGCUGCGGCUACACUACAACGUACAGCCGUGGGUUGGUCUGCUUACGUGGAACCAGGACGUCGACCUGUGGAACUGGAAGACGCUGCGCAACAACCUUAGCAAGAAGUUUACCCUGCCGGCGAUUAAGAAGAAGAAGGCUACGGAGGAGAAGAAAGCGGGGAAAUAA